UUUCAGCGUAAAAGCUUGAAGCCUUUGCAAUAAGAGAGGAAUCAAGUGAUGGGGGAAUCGAAAGGAAUGGUGAUCCAUAUUUUGCUAGCGAAGUUCAAAGAUGAAAUUACUGAGGAACAGAUCGAAGAACUCAAGAAGGCAUAUGCAAAUCUCGUCAAUCUCAUUGAACCUAUGAAGACUUUUCAGUGGGGCAAGAAUGUUAGCAUUGAAAAUCUACAUGAAGGCUACACUCACGUCUUUCAAUCCACCUUUGAGAGUAAGCAGGGCAUGGUAGAGUACAUAGAACACCCGGCGCAUGCGAAAUUUUCAGACAUGUUCCUUCCUUCCUUGGAAAAAAUUAUUGUUGUCGACUAUGAACCCACGGUAAUAAACUUUGAUGAACCGACAUUAAUAAACUCAGAUGAACCGAAGUCAAAAGACUCAGAUGAAUCGAAGUCAAAAGACUCAGAUGAACCGAAGGCAAAAGACUCAGAUGCAUUGAAGUCAAAAAACUCGGAUGAACCAAAGUUAACAAACUCAAAUGGAUCGAACUAAUACAAGUCUACUUAUGUCUUAUAGAAUAAAUAUAAGGUCCCCUUUUUACAUCAUGAUGCUUGUACUAAAAAGGUUUCGUUAUUGCUAAUUUAUUUCUAUCAACUCUUGUAUACGCUUUGUUGCUGGCUGCACAUUGUGUUUAGUUAUGAAAACUGUCGUUUGGAUUUCUUUUGAGGAAAUCCUUCUUGGUGUUCUAAUAAACUCAACUGAGCUUCAAUAGUUCAAUUAUUCUACA